CUGCUUUUUACCAGACUUUCCUUUCAUUCACAUUUACCUGCAUUCCCUCUUCGUACCAUACGUCCCCAAACGGCAACGACGUGCUAACCUCGAAAAAUACCAUAGAGACCGCUCAUUAAUCUUCGUGUCACACGAUAUUAGACAGUCAACUUAAACCCGCACGAUGAAGAGCGCGAUGAAGAGCACGACAUCGCGAUGUCUGCUGCUUCUUGUAGUGGCGUCUUGUUUUUUGGUAUCAGUUGCACAUGCUCCACAUCAGCUACUUGAAGAGCGAAAGCCUAAUCUUCAUGUGCGCCAAAUAACUAUAUCUGCACCUCCCGUGGGGCCUACUACUACGACCCCCACUACUACCCCCACUACGACCCCACCUACCACAACCCCUACAACUACAACACCGCAAACGACGUCAACACCCUUAACUACUUCGACACCUCCUACCACUUCUCCGACCGAAACGACGGCUACCCCACCGUCAACCCCCACCACCGCCACCACCGCCUCCCAAACCACUUCCACACCACCUUCCCAGACCACUGGCCCCACCCCGACUACAGCUCCACUUCCAUUGUCUACAUCGGUACAAGUUACAACCAAUUCUGCUGGACAGGAGAUUACCAGCACUAUUGUCAUUACACCCACAUCCAGCACGACCCCGUCAAGCACACAGUCUUCUUCUAGCAGCAGUAGCUCUAGUGGCCUUGGCACGGGCUCCAUUAUCGGUCUUUCUGUAGCGGGUGGUGUUGCAGUCAUUGGCAUCAUCUCAUUCUUUAUUUGGAAGUUCACCAGAAAACGCUUCGCAGACUUUGAUGACAGUGCGUUUUCUGAUUUGUAACUUGUAAAUCUAUCACGACCUCACGAUUUAACAACCGCAUCAGAUGAAGCAAUCAAGUGGCCAGAG